AUGCUGGGCCUGUCCAAGGGUCAGCGAGAUCUUUUUGUGGCCUCUACAGUGCUGAAAGUGCUAUUUUAUCCUGCUUACCGCAGUACAGACUUUGAGGUACACCGUAAUUGGUUAGCUAUAACGCAUCAGCUCCCGCUCAAGCAAUGGUACUACGAUACUACGUCGGAAUGGACUCUCGAUUACCCACCAUUCUUCGCUUGUUUCUCGUACCUCUUGACUCUGCCUGCUCGACUGCUCCCGAGAUCAGCCCAAGAUCAUCUACUACAGCUAUCGCCCACGCCUGUUGACUCAUGGCUCAUCACGGGAUAUAUGAGGACCACAGUGCUGGUUUCAGAGCUGGUCCUCCUUUUAGGAUUACAGAGAGGCUCCGAAGCUCAAAGUAUCAUCUCAUUUGGUCUCCUUCUUCAUCCUGGAUUCUUGAUUCUCGACUCGAUACACUUCCAGUAUAACGGAUUCCUGUUCGGCAUUCUCGUCUGGAGUCUGGUAGGCGCAAAGGAGGGCAGGCCGAUAAUGUGCGCUGGCUUCUUUGCCGCGCUUCUCAACUUCAAGCACAUCUACAUGUACCUCGCACCCGCAUGGUUCAUCUACCUCUUCAGGGCAUACUGCUACAUCCUGCAUCUCCGACCCCUCGCUCAAAUUGGCUUUGUCACCGUCCUCGUCUCUGCCAUGUCUCUGGGUCCCUUUCUGGCACUAGGACAGGGUCCGCAGCUGCUUUCUAGGCUGUUUCCUUUCACUCGGGGUCUCAACCACGCUUACUGGGCUCCAAAUGCCUGGGCUGACAUUACUCUUGUCGACCGCGUCCUCUACCAGGCGUCUCGCCGAUUCGGGCUUGACAUGUCUGUCUCCGCUGCAGGAAUCAAAUCGUCCUCGCGUGGCCUCGUCGGAGAUACCAAUUUUGCCGUACUCCCGGACAUCAAGCCGUUCCACUGCUUUGUUAUCACCUUGGUGAUUCAAUGUAUCUCACUCAUCUCGCUAUGGCUGAAACCUACCUAUCGGUCGUUCCUUCAAAGCAUCACCGCAUGUGGAUUCGCGAGCUUCAUGUUCGGAUGGCACGUUCAUGAGAAAGCCGUCAUGUUACUACUUGUGCCUCUGAGUCUUAUGUCAACGGAUGACUGGAAUCACUAUCAGGCGUUCAAAGUGGCUAGUGUGUCUGGUUUGGUAUCUUUAUUCCCACUAUUAUUCCACGCCGCAGAAACACCCAUCAAGAUGGGCUACACUUUCAUAUGGCUCGUCAUCGUCUUGUCCAGUCUCAGGCAAUCUGUGUCAAAGACUCCUCCAUCCAUCUCGUCAUACCUCGCAGACAACAUCCAGUCCCUCUAUCUUUACACCGCGCUGCCCCUGCUCCUAUUCACCUCAAUCAUCCACCCGUACCUCACCUUGACUGGGGCAGUGAUUCAUGCCGAAUUUCUCCCCCUGAUGACCACGAGCAUAUGGUGCAGCACCGGCAUGUGGAUCGCUUGGGGCAGGGUCCUCGUGGGUCUCUUUACUGGUCAUUCCAAAAGGACAAUAUGA